AUGAUCCAAACAACGUGUGCCAGCCCCAUAUCCAGACGUGUCAUCGAUGUAUCGGGCGUGCCAGACGUAGGGUACGACAGUAUUGGGAUUGCGUCCCAGGAAACACAGCCCGUGGGAAGUGAUAACGGCGAUGAAGCGCCCCCGACGGUUGGCGGACCUCUAACACAAGAAGUUUAUUCAAGUACUUCGCGUGCGGGGCUCCCGACUGCGUAUGUGUAUGAGAAUCAAGCAGUGCCGAUCUUGGCUGUUGAGGGUACGACGUAUCCAUCAAGGAUGAUGAUUCGCUCUCCAUCUAGCACCGUUUAUUAUGGUGUGGAGUCGACAUCUACUCCGAACAUAUCCUAUGUUUCAUCAAGCUGUGCAUCGACGUGCAAUUUCUCCGCCAGUCAUACCAUGCUGUCAGCCUUCCUGUCUUCUGUUCUCACUGUGCUACUCUACGCAAUUUACAAGCGGCUUCGAGACUAUCUAAGAAGAAUAUUCAAACGGGCGAACAAUGAUUCGGACACAUGCGGCGGAAAUACAGCUCCUCCGUCUCUUGCGUAUUCCGAUUCCAGUGGAGUCGCAGACCCUGGAAAUCAUUUGUGCUCGAAGUUGUCUUAG